AUGAAGGGUUUCUUCUUCGUAGCAGCUACUGUCUGCAGGCUGGCCACUGCGCUUUCUCUUCGAUCCUCUCCGAAUGUCACCAUCGAUGACUGGAGUUCUCUCCCACCAUCGCCAGAUCUCAAAUGGGUCCCAUGUUUACAGAACUACACCUGCGCCAAGCUCCAAGUCCCCCUCGACUACGGAGAUCCAUCGCGAGGCACGACAGGAAUCGCCUUCUUAAAGCUCCCAGCUAAACACACCACCAACGACACGCAGAGCAUAUUAAUCAACCCAGGCGGACCGGGCGGCUCAGGAAUCGAGACACUCCUCUCCGAUGGAAGCACUCUAGCAGAAAUCGUGCAAGGCCGUCACGACAUCGUCGGCUUCGACACGAGAGGUGUCGGACAAAGUGGCCCAGUUGUUGACUGCUGGCCUGGGAAUCCCGCGGCACGGGCGCAGUUUGAGAGCCUAUAUUAUCCUGAUACUUCCGAUACAUCGUCUACCUCUAUCGGACGACAAUAUGCGGCGGCAGAUAUCUUUGGGACGGCCUGUACUGAUACUGUUGGGGGGAGUAAUGGUACAGCAGCGUUUGUGAGUACGCCGGCUGUGGCGAGGGAUAUGCUCUCGUUUGUUAAGGCGGAGCAUGCAGGCGGCAAGAGGGAUGGGAAGCUGUGGUAUUUCGGGGUUAGUUAUGGGACGGUUCUGGGCGCCACGUUUGCGCAUCUCUUUCCGGGUCAUGUUGGCAGGAUGGUUCUCGAUGGCGUUGACGAUGCGGAGGACUACUACAGGCUUGGAUGGAAAGCAAACCUGUAUGACACUGACAAGGCGCUCGGCUCAUUCAUCGAUACAUGCUUCGAAGCCGGUCCAAAGAACUGUUCAUUCUGGAGCGAUGGUGCACGGAAUAUCAGGGAAAGACUGGAUACGUUGUUGCAGGACCUGAAGGACCAGCCUAUUCCUAUUCCCACCUCAGAUGCCUGUCCACUGCCGAUGCUGGCGACAUACUCCGAUCUCAAACAGCUCAUCCUGCAGGCGAUGUACGCACCGCUGCAACAAUUCCCAACCCUCGCGGAUGUUCUUUCAUCCUUGGAGCAGGGCAAUACCUCAGCUUAUGCAGCUGCUAUUACCAGCGGCUCAAUACCUGCGAAUCCAUGCAACUACAAUUACACAGAAACAGCUACAGAGGACAUCAACACAUUGAUCGCGUGCACCGAUGGGGUAGCUGGCCAUGGCCAUCAACAGUCCUUCCAGGAUAUAUCCCAAUUCAAGACCUAUGUCGACGACUUGACCGAACAGAGCAGCUUCUUCGGCGAGGUUUGGCCGAAGACCGCCAACGCGAUCCUGUGUAGGUCUUUGGAUGUAUCUCCGCCAAAGACUGGUAGACUGGCAGAGACUAUUCUCGAAACUAGACACACGGCGAACCCGAUACUGUUUGCCACUUCGGAAAUUGACCCUGUCACACCUAAGAGAGGGGCUCAUAAAAUGUCCUCCGUCUUCCCGGGCUCUACGGUCCUGACCCAGAAUUCAACCGGGCAUGCUGCGAUUGUCAGUGCUACGACGUGUCUGGUGGGACAUCUCGAGAAAUAUUUCCUACACGGGCAGCUCCCUCCUGCUAAUACGACUUGUCAGCCGGAUGUGAAGCCUUUCCAAGAGAGUCUUUGA